GUGGACAUUGCUUGAGUACAGGACUGGCCGUGACAUUCCCUGACUUCUUUUACAGUAAGUCUACGGACGUUAAGCAGGUGCUCUGUUUAAUAACGCAGCCCGACUCGCGCCCCCUCCCUGUCUUUCUGCCCUCCCUUUCCACCACAAAGCCUUUCCCACAUAACAGCCUCGCCACUGAAAUAAGACAUUCGCGUCUGCUGCUAAGUGGAGUAAUCAGUAUGGUUCCUCACAGCGCUGUUUCUCCUCCCUCUGGUGAGAGAGACUGGAGCGGGUGCUCCGUGUGCACGUGAGCCUCGCGUGCGGAACGAGCUGUGUGUCUGAGCUGGAGUGAUGCACGCGCUAGGAAGAUGAAAUGCUUCUCCCGGUACCUGCCUUACCUUUUCCGUCCUCCGAGCAGCAUCCUGUCCUCCAGCUGUCACACUGAAGCUGACAUCAUAUCCACUGUUGAGUUCAACUCCACUGGAGAGCUUCUUGCCACAGGUGACAAAGGAGGUCGAGUGGUGGUGUUCCAGAGAGAGCAGGAGAGUAAGAACCAGCCACACCGACGCGGGGAGUACAAUGUUUACAGCACCUUUCAGAGCCAUGAGCCUGAGUUUGACUACCUGAAAAGCUUGGAAAUUGAGGAAAAGAUCAACAAGAUCCGCUGGCUGCCUCAACAAAAUGCUGCCUACUUCCUCCUCUCCACCAAUGAUAAAACUGUCAAGUUGUGGAAAAUCAGUGAGAGAGACAAGCGACCAGAGGGUUAUAACCUGAAGGAUGAGGAUGGCAGGGUCCGGGACCCCACCACCAUUACAGCUCUGAGGGUGCCAGUAUUGAGGCCCAUGGACCUGAUGGUGGAGGCUACACCUCGGCGAGUGUUCUCCAACGCACACACCUAUCACAUCAACUCUAUUUCAGUAAACAGUGACGACGAAACAUAUAUAUCAACAGAUGAUCUUAGAAUCAACCUGUGGAACCUGGAAAUCACCAACAGAAGUUUCAACAUCGUCGAUAUAAAACCAACGAACAUGGAAGAGCUCACUGAAGUGAUCACUGCAGCAGAGUUCCAUCCCAACCAGUGCAACACCUUUAUCUAUAGCAGUAGCAAAGGAUCCAUACGGCUGUGUGACAUGAGGGCAGCUGCACUCUGUGACAACCACUGCAAAUUCUUUGAGGAACCAGAGGACCCCAGUAAUCGUUCCUUCUUCUCUGAGAUUAUUUCCUCCAUCUCUGAUGUGAAGUUCAGCCACAGUGGUCGUUAUCUAAUGACCCGUGACUACCUUACUGUUAAAGUUUGGGAUCUUAACAUGGAGAACAAACCUCUGGAGACCUACCAGGUCCAUGACUACCUGAGAAGUAAACUGUGCUCCCUCUAUGAGAAUGACUGUAUCUUUGACAAGUUCGAAUGUGUGUGGAAUGGAACAGACAGUGUCCUGAUGACCGGGUCCUACAAUAACUUCUUCCGCAUGUUCGAUCGUAACACCAAGCGUGAUGUCACACUGGAGGCAUCCAGGGAAAACAGCAAACCUCGAGCCAUCCUUAAGCCAAGGAAGGUGUGUGUGGGCGGCAAGCGGCGCAAGGACGAGAUCAGCGUCGACAGCCUGGACUUCAGUAAGAAGAUUCUUCACACAGCCUGGCAUCCGUCAGAGAAUAUUAUCGCUGUGGCUGCCACCAACAACCUGUACAUUUUCCAGGACAAAGUCAACUAGCAUGUAGCACUCAAGUUCUCCAUCACAGAGACAAUCUGAUCCCGGGGGAAAUCGACAGAUCUGCUGCUUCUGGCUUUUGAUUGGAAGGAAAGACUUCUGGUUGGGCGACUAGUACCCACUGCACGGAAUUAUACGAGCUGUUCAUUUCAGGUUGAUGGAAUGCAAAGAUGGCUAUUGUCUGCUCCAUGUUUAGUUUUUCUCUUCCAUUGCUUCCCCGCGCUGUAGUUUAAUACGGACAGCAAUAAAAUAAAAAGAUAUUUGAUUUUGCUGAUCACUGAUCACAUUCAGCCCCAGGUGUCUGACUAAUUCACAAGAUGCAGACAUGGUUUAGUGUUAACAGGCUGUGGUUACCUUUUCCCCUCAACUUUUCAACUAUUUAUUCACCAUUUGACUCCAUGGUGGCUAAUCUAUAAUUUUGACACUACAGCUCGGAUAGUGCGGCAUUGGUUUAUGAUGGAAUAUAAAAAGAUCCUACUGUAUGUAGCAAUUUACUGCUUUUGUUCUAAUUUUCUAAAUAAAUGCAAAAAAUGAUAAAAGUA